UGCAUGCAUAUGUAACGACUUUGUGCAACCCUUAAUACAGAUACGUGACGCACAAUGACAACGUUGUGGCAAGUAUAAUAUGCAAUAGCUACAAAGGAGUCAAGGCAGUAUUGUCAUUGCCGGGUCUCUCGAUAUCUCCCCGGUCACUUCACAUGCAGCACGCGUCUGCAGAGAGCGCGCCAGGGGCUUCCCGCGUCCUUCACACUGCACACGCGCCACGACAACGCGAGCCGGGACCCACCUGACUGUCGGCGAGACACUAUCUCGUGCUCUUUGUGUUUUUCGGCAAAAUCAUCAUAGGUCUCCAUCGGAUAUCUGAUUGUGGAGCUGGUAUAGCUCAGUCUGCUAUCUCACUGUCAGGACGAAUCGGAGGGGACUGAAAAGGAGCAGAACGUGCUGCGACUGCGAAGAGGGGAACCUGAGCAACUAUUGACACCUACAGCCCGGCGCAUUGUGGACCGGGUCCGAACAACGUUACAAGAAAUCCGGGGAGGAAGAGGAGGAUCGCAAUCAACCCCUUUUUAUUGUAUCUGAGCUGAGACCAUUCAUAUAUUGCCACCGAAGAGGCGUGUCCACUGCUUCUCCUGCCUCUUUAUCCAAUUGGAAUUGGCGGUCAUCGCUCAUCGGUUUACGAUCAAAGCGCGUAGAAAAACAACCGGCUAUACCCGACUAAUCAGAAUCGAGCGGUGUUUUUUCCCGCUUGGACAUGCUGUAGUUGUUGUUGGUGAUUUUUUUUUCAUUGUUUUUAUUUUAUUUGAACCUACUAUGGCUUCGUUGUAUCAGAGAUUUUCGGGGAAAAUCAACACGAACAAUUCCUUCCCGCACCUUCCGCCCGAAGCCAGCCGCCUCCUGGGGGGGCAGGUAACGGACGAGGAUAACGGCGGGAAGCCCCGCGAGCCGGUCCUCGUGGAGGCUCGGGUUCACGUGCCGUUCCGGAAGAAGAGGAGUGAGGACGAGGCUGACCUGGUCGGCAGCGCCCCCCCCCAGAGGAACUGGAAGGGCAUCGUUAUCGCCCUGCUCGUCAUCCUCAUCAUCUGCUUCCUCAUCGUCACCUCCGUCAUCCUGCUCACCCCGCGGGAAGAUGACAGCAUGGCCGGGAAGAAGAAGGUGACCGUGGAAGACGUGUUCGGCUCGGCCCUGCACAUCCAUCAACCUGAGGGCACAUGGCUGAGUGACAAUGAACUGCUGUUUCGCUCAAGGGACGGCAACGUGCUCAGAUUCAACGCGGACACACUGGAGAAGCACAUUCUGGUGAACAGCAAGAUGUUUGAAACAUACAAAGCCACCAAGUACCAGCUCUCCCCUGACAUGCAACACGUGCUGCUGGCCUACGGUGUGACUCCGAUCUUCAUCUUCGAGAACAACAUCUACUACCGAGCGACGGUGGGCGGCCCCACCAUCCGGCUGGUCUCCACCGGAGAGGAGGGCGUCUUCAACGGCCUGGCCGACUGGCUCUACGAGGAGGAGAUCUUCAAGACCCACAUCGCCCACUGGUGGUCUCCCGAUGGACUACGGCUGGCUUACACCACCAUCAACGACACCCUGGUGCCAAAGAUGGAGGUCCCCAUCUUCACAGGGGGCCCUUACCCCAACGGCAUGGAGUACCACUACCCCAAGGCGGGCGAGGGGAACCCCACCAUCAAGCUGCUGGUGGUGAGUCUGAACGGACCCCUUCACACGGUGGAGAUGGUCAAACCUGAAGACCCCAGGAUCAGCAGGGAGUACUACAUCACCAUGGUGAAGUGGACCACCAGCACCAAGCUGGCGGUGAACUGGCUGAACCGCGCGCAGAACAACUCCAUCCUGACGCUGUGUGAGGCCACCACAGGGGUCUGCGUCAAGAAACACGAAGAUGAGAGCGAGAGCUGGCUGCACCGGCAGAACGAGGCGCCGCUGUUCUCCCACGACGGGUUCAAGUUCUUCCUGACCCGGGCCAUCCCCCAGGGUGGUCGCGGGAAGUUCUUCCACAUAUCCAUGUCCAGCUCUAAGCCGAACUCCAGCAUCGACAUCCUCCAGUCCCUGACCUCGGGGGGCUGGGACGUGGACACCAUCCUGGCCUACAACCACCACGAGAACCUCAUAUACUUUCUGAGCACAGAGGACGACCCCAAACGAAGACACCUGUACAGGGCUAAAACCAUCCCUCCAUUCAACCGCUGCUGCCUGUCCUGCAACCACCAGUGUGGCUACGUGGACGGAACCUUCAGCCACAACAUGAAGUACUUCCUGCUCAACUGUAAAGGACCGAAAAUCCCAAGCGUGUCCGUCUACAGAACCGAGGGCUACAAGAAGCUGUGUGACCUGGAGACCAACGAGGAUGCGAACGCCUCCUUCGAGGGCAUGCAGAUGCCCCUGGUGGAGAACAAGACCAUCACCAUCGACGACUACUCGCUGACCGUGCAGAUCCUGAAGCCCGCCGUGUUCGAUGAAGCGGCGCUGUACCCCCUCCUGCUGCUCGUGGACGGGACCCCCGGGGGCCAGACGGUGACGGAGCAGUUCUCGGUGGACUGGGCCACGGUGCUGGUGAGCAGCUACAGCACGGUGGUGGUCCGCUUCGACGGCCACGGCAGCGGCUUCCGCGGCACCAACCUGCUGCACAGCGUCCGCAGGAAGCUGGGUCGGCUGGAGGAGCAGGACCAGCUGGAGGCCCUCAGACUCAUAUCCAACGAGCCCUACAUCGAUAAGACCAGGAUGGGCGUGUUCGGAAAGGUGUAUGGAGGGUACCUGGCCACCGUGCUGCUGAGCUCGGAGGAAAUACAGCUCAAGUGUGGCGUUGCCGUCUCCCCCAUCACAGACUUUGAGCUAUACGCCUCAGCGUUUUCGGAACGCUACCUGGGCUCGCCGAAGACGGAGCCUCGCGUGUAUCAGAUGUCUAAUCUGGCAGUGCAGACCCACCAACUCCAGGACAAGCAGUACUUGAUAAUCCACCCCACGGCAGAUGAAAAGGUGCACUUCCAGCACUCGGCGAAAUUCAUCAGCCAUUUAAUCAGCCAGAAGAGCAAUUACAGCCUACAGAUCUACCCAGACGAGGGCCACUUCCUGCACAGUGCGGGGACACGGCGGCACCUGGGCCAGACGCUGGUCAACUUCUACGAGGAAUGCUUCCGGCUGCCGGACAUACCGUCUGAAGACGACGAAGAAGAGGAAGAAGACGACGACUAAACCCUGCCCCGCUCUCUGCCGUCAUGGCACGACGGUCACCUACUAUAGCACAAUAUGCAACCGAUCUCCUCUUUCUCCCUUUUUAAAUCCGUCACUCCACUUGCUGCCCCCUUGUGGUUUGUAGCUGUACUUUUGAGGCGCCGUACAUGCAUGUGCAAAAAAAGCGCCCUGAUCUUCUUCCUCCUCCUCCUCCUCGGGCUGACAAGGGACCAGUCUGUACAGCUGUUCACGCCCCAUGGGUUGAAUAGCAAUAGAUCCCAUAGGUAAUUUUUCUGUCAUGGACUUUAGUGUUGGAGGAGCCUCUUCUUGCGCUCCCCUGGUGGCCGAGUAGAGGAACAACACAAUCUUGUCUGAGGCCUUUUGCGUCCCCCUCUCACAGACACACUACUACGCACACCAAGAAGAAUGCUUUACAGCACAACGUAUCCCCAUGUGAAGAUUCUCAUCCUCGACUACAUCUUUUAGAUCGGACUCGUUAAGAAUCUGACAGCAUCUGUUGACUCACAACCCUUCUGAUUAUCGUGUUUAUGGCUUCUGGUACGUGAUUCUUUGUGUGGAAAUGUGUUGUCCUACAGUCGUGUUUUGGCUAUGCACAGAUGUCGUCUGGCGACAUGAACUUGUACCGCUAACCAAAAUGAGGGGAUGAUGCGUCAUGUUGCUCCGAAUUGAAAAUGUGUCCAAGAAAACCGAUCAAAUGUUUUCCUGUCCUGAUGUUUUGAUUGAUCUGUGGUGUUACUUUAGUCACUGUGCCUUAAUGUGGGUGUGCUCAUUAUAAAGAACCCACAAUUUCCUCAAAAAUACGAAUGGUCUCCAUUGAGGUGCACAUUCACAUAAAUUAAGACAACUCACACAUUUAAUUAUUGUAGAUCAAUUAGCUCAGUGGGCAGUGUUGCCAGAUUGAGACAUUUCCCGCCUAAUCUGGCAAACCUGGCUGAAGCGUGGUUUGUAGAACAUUUCAAGAAGAUUUGCUUGACUCCCUCCCAGUCAAAAAGGCCGAUCAAUAUCUGAUCCGAGAGCGGUCCUUUAACAUUGGAGGUACCUCCCCAGUGGCUCGUUAUCUAUUUUGUUAAUCGAUUCAUUCGAUCCGACUUAACCCGCUCUCAACGUCACACGUUAGUAACGUCAGUGAGUUUCUAGUCAGCUGUUGUAAAAAUUGUAUAAAAUCUUAUUGUUUCAAGUCUUUGUUGUGUGUGAUUGCGCAACUUGUACAUAAAGCAUUUUUAAAAGUGACCCGACCCCGAUUGUCUGAACGUAUCGCAUCAGAACUGCUCGGGAAAGUUCUGUUUAUCGUUUGGGUCGCUUGUGGCGCUCAGGAGCAAACAAGAACCACGGUUCCAGUUUAGGUGCGUCACGAUCAAACUGCGCCUCAUCUCAAUAAAGAACCAGAGACGCGUGUGCCAUUGACAAGGUUUAUUUCCAGUGUUUUCGAAGGCUUUGUCCCUCCUCGCUUCCUCCCUACGGGGGAGGCCCACAGAUUGGUUACAAAUGGUCCAGCUCAGGAGAGCCCAAUGCAUGUCGGCCGGGCCCUCCAGUACCUUUUUAUCACUGCCCAGCCACACCUGGCAAUACUGUAUACUUAACGAGAA